AUGAAUUUUGCCAUUUCACUGUUUGUUUUGCUGUUCAGCGGCUUGAUUUUGGCUCAGGAUGAUGGUAACACCACUGAAUUGCAAACACAGCCAUGUGGUAAUGUUGACAUGUGUGAAAUCCUGAAAGAGUUUGGUGCCAUGACAGAAAAGCUUAGAAAUGUAGAGACCAGGCUGCAGAACAGCGAAACUGCGCUGAAGGAUUGCCAAACUAGGCUGACUGACAGUGAGACCAAGCUUAAAAACACAGAGUCCAGGCUUACAGACACCGAGGCCAGGCUUACAGACACCGAGACCAAGCUGAAGGACAGCCAAAACCGGAUUCUAAAACUUGAGGAAAAAGUAAGAACCAGAGUGAUGUUCAGUGCUGUAACAGGAGGAGGAAAUAAAGCAAUUGGACCAUUCAACACAGACACGACUCUAAUCUACAGAGUAGUAAAAACAAACAUUGGUAAUGCCUACAGUCCAUCUACAGGUAUUUUUAAUGCCCCUUUUGCAGGUUUUUACUACUUCACCAUCUUUUAUCAUGCUGGAGGACAUGAACCAUUAGUGCUGCUGCUCUACAAGAACCACGAAAUAGUGGUGAUGACAAGUGAUCACUCAGUAAGUUAUGACAGUGCAGAUAAUGGAGGAAACGCAGUGUUCCUGCAGCUGCAGAAAGGAGACCAGGUGUAUGUGCGCUUGGCUAAAAACUCCCAUGUUUGGGGAUCUGACUACCAUACCACCUUCAGUGGAUUCUUGGUCUCUCAAAUGUGAGAAUCGAUGUAUCUCUUUUGUUGUUCCUUCCUGCUUGAAAAUCAAACGUAAAAAAAUGAUUAUAUGAAAACAGUACUUUUAUAGUUUAGAUUUGAUAAAACAAAAGGCAGCUGCUUAUGAAAUAAAGAAAAUGAGAUGAGGCUUCUUUUAUCAUUGCUUGUUAGUAUUAACACGUUUUUUUUUUUUCAUUGCUCAUGUCUCUGUUUGGACUGUCAAUUUCAUAAUCAUGUUUUUAUAAAU